AUGCAGACCCCGUUAUUACUAGCAAUUGCUCUCUCGGGCUUGGCCAGCGCCCACGGCAACCACGGCCAGAAGCCCUUGGUCAGUGAAGAUGCCACAUGGAUGGAGAAGCACAUGGCCGAGGAGCACCACAUCGAUUCCUGGGAUACUGGCGCCUUCUUCGCCCUCCACGACUACAACUCCGAUGGUGCCUGGCAAGGCGAAGAAAUCAUGCGCACCUACGGCCUAAUGGACCCUUCGAAUAGGGAUAUGUCGCACGACAAGAAGCUAGAGGUCCUGCAACACCUCAUGGGUCUUCUGGACAAGGAUCACGACGGGGAGGUCUCGGGUAAGGAGUUCCAGGAGUUUAUCGACGGGGGCGAAACGCUCCCUGAUAUGGGUACUGGGCCGGGCCAUCAUGGUGACGACGAAUACGAGUAUGAAAUCCAUCACUGGGAAAAGUAUCACGAUGAGAAUACAAAACUGGAGGACCUGACGCACCCGGAGGAUAUUGAGCAUUUCAAGCACCACGAAGAGUUGGAGAAGGCGCAAGAAGAACAAGAGGCAAUGGAUAAAAAGUCGAUUAUCGAAGAGAACAUCCCCGCCAAGUUUCGGAGACAUUAA